CCAUGGUUGUAUAUCACAACACACGAAUUCUGAAAGGUGGAAUUGGUCAGACUUUCACCUUCUUCUCCGCCCACCAAGGCUGCAGGCAGGUGACCCAGGCGGCCAUGGACCAGGUCGAGAGUGCUAAGAAGGCAGCUGCUUAUAGAGCAGUUGACAAUCACAUCAAGGAUGCUCACCGAGUUGGGAUUGGAAGUGGGUCCACUGUUGUUUAUGCAGUUGAAAGACUUGCUCAGCGUGUGCAUAAAGAAGGUCUGAAGGUGCUGUGUGUUCCUACAUCAUUCCAAGCUAGACAACUGAUAAUUAAUCAUGAUUUGGAGCUGUCAGAUCUUGAGAUUACACCUCAGUUGGAUGUGGCCAUUGAUGGUGCUGAUGAAGCAGAUGCUAAAUUAACCCUUAUUAAAGGGGGUGGUGGAUGUCAGCUGCAAGAAAAAAUUGUUGCUGCUGCAGCCAAACUCUUUAUAGUAGUUGCUGAUUACAGGAAGGACUCGACAUCUCUAGGUGAACAAUGGACAAAAGGAAUUCCAAUUGAAGUUGUUCCAAUGGCAUAUCGUCCAGUUCAGCUAAAAAUUGAGAUGGAGCUCGGUGGAAGAGCUGUAUUAAGACAGGCUAAAGCUAAAGCAGGUCCUGUUGUGACAGACAAUGGGAACUUUAUUUUGGACUGGGUGUUUGAUAGGACCUUUGAUUGGCAGAAAGUUAAUCAACAGAUUAAAAUGAUUCCUGGUGUUGUAGAAACAGGCUUGUUUGUGGGAAUGGCAAAGAUUGCCUACUUUGGCAUGGAAGAUGGCUCCGUCAAGGAUCGAGAAGUGUGAAAAUUUCCAUGCAGUUGUGCUUUUAUUCAUUUCAGUAUAGUUAGCAUACAAUUGUUAGAUUAGUUAAUUCAGUACAGUAUUAGCAUCUCACCCUCUCAUGAAGCUGUAUUUCAUGUAUCCUUUCAAUUUAGUAGAUAUAUGGUCAUUUUUUUCAUAAUAUUGUGUAUGUAUCAUAUUAAGACAUAACACUUUAAAUAUUUAAUUUAUUUGAUUAUACAUAUAUUAUAUAUAUAUAUAUAUAUAUA